AUGGACCCCGGCACGGCCGUGGGCGUGGCGUCUCUAGGAAUACAGCUUUGCGAAGGAAUACUCAAAUACUACAGCAAAUGGCGAUCUUACGACAAGGACAUUGAAGACACCUACCGCCAGAUUGCUGAGUUAGCAAAGAUCUUUGCACGCUUACGAGUAUCACUCGACAAGAUCAGCUACGACAGGAAACAGCUGCAACAUGCAAAAGAGGCUCUUCAACCAUGUGAGACGAGUCUACUUGAGCUACAACAGCUUCUUGUGGAGCUGAGACCAAUCAACGCACCUUCAGGACGAGCUGAAAGAGCUUGGGCUCAGUUCCGAAGAGCGAUGUAUCCACUGAAGGCGAGCACGCUUGCGAAACUGCGAGAACUUGACGAGGAUGUUCGGGAUCAACUAUCGCUGGCGCUUCAAGGGACUCAGAUCGACAUUACGGCCGUGAUACAGGGCCAACUCAGUGAUAUGAAGCUGAGUAUCGAUGGUAUCUCUACCACGCUGAGCCAGGUCUCGCUCCAGUCGAAGGUUACGGCGAACGAUGUAAAUCGGCUUGGUGCUUCAGUGAAGCAGAUGUCGGUCACUGCCGACUCCACAGCAGAUGGCGUAACAGCUUUGCUCAAGGUAAAAGAUAAAAGAAGGCUUAACGAGAUCCUCGCAUGGCUAACACCCGAUCCAAACUUGGAUCCGUGGCUCGAAUUCAAGGCAGCCCGGAACAAACAUCAGUCUGGUACGGGCAACUGGCUGCUCACUAGUCCGAACUAUUCGUCCUGGAAAAGUGGCCCGACACCUCAUCUCUGGCUCCAUGGCAAGGCUGGCUGCGGAAAAUCAAUUCUGUGUUCGACAGCCAUCGACGACUUGCGCACGAGCUUGGAUGAGAUGCUGCUCGCUUUGAUUGCACAGCUGGCUCGUAAGCCGUCUGGUCUGGCUGUCCUUGAAGCAGCCUACGAAAUUCACAAACAUGGCACGCCCUUGAAUGCGCCACUACAGGAAAUCUUUCUUGACCAGGUGAACGCGACGUCGAGUACCUUCAUUAUCUUGGAUGGCUUAGACGAGUGUCCCGCCGCAUUUGAUGCUCAACGCCAACUGUUGGAGACCUUGGAACGCCUCGCGGCGAAGACAAAGACAAUGAAGCUUUUCAUGACAAGUCGAGACGAAUUAGCGAUCCGGCGUGCCGUUCAUGGCAAGAUCCAGGCAGAAGAGAUCGCCAUCGAUGCUCGCCAGACGAACUAUGACAUCGAACGCUACGUCGCGGGUGAGAUCGAGAAAGACACGAGACUCCAACGAUUCAGCGAAAAGAGCAAGUCGCUCGUCAGGACCAAGCUAGCCGAAAAGGCUGACGGCAUGUUCAGAUGGGCCUUCUGCCAACUCGAAGAACUAAAGAAGAUCAAGAUGAGCACUCCUCAAAAGGUGGAACAGGCUCUCGGUACACUACCCAGUACCUUGGAUGAGACUUAUGACCGCAUGCUUGCUCAGAUCGAUGAUAUGGAUCGUCGCGAGGCGAGAAUAAUCCUCCAAUGGCUCGUGGUGAAAGGAGAGGGCAUGAGCUUACGUGAAAUUGCGGAGACAUGUAUCAUCGAUCCGGAGCUCGAGACGGUGAACAUAGAAGACAGAGCCGAUCCGGAAGAUAUCGUCGAUCUGCUAGGAAGUCUGGUUGUACGAUACAGCACUCUGGCGGACAUUGAGCUUACGCUAGCUCACUUUUCUGUGCAAGAAUACCUUUAA